AAUUUAAAUCAAAUGGAAGCUCCUUAUCUUGAUGAAGAAGAAAUGCAAAUUAUCUACAACUGGGUUGACGAAAUCCCUCUUUCUAGGCCAAAGAGAAAUAUCAGCAGGGAUUUUGCUGAUGGGGUCUUAAUGGCAGAAAUCAUCGCUCACUACUUUCCCUCUUUCGUAGAGUUGCAUAACUACUCGCAGGCAAACUCAGUAACGAAGAAGAUAUACAACUGGAAUACGUUGAACCAGAAAGUCUUCAAAAAACUUGGAUUCCAGAUUAGUAAAUAAGGAUAUUGAGGGCAUAGUCAACGCUCACCCUGAGAUCAUCGAGAGAGUCCUUAAAAAGGUAAAAGACAAUAUAGAGAAUUACAGAUCGAGAAAACCAGGAAGCAAAAAAGGGGUAAAGAAAGCUUCUGGAAUCAAACCAUAUCAGAAGGCGAUGCAUGGCAUUGACAUGAACAUGAUGGAUAUCAACAACACAGAGAAUAUGGAAGAUGAGAGAGAAUACCUUAAGACCCAAGUUGAUACAGAGCUUCUUAUCGAAAAGGAGCAGACCAUACAAGAGCUCAGGGAGACUAUAGGAAUUUUGGAGAUCAAAUUAAAGAAAUUUGAGCAACUCGUAAAGCUUAAAGACCAGAAAAUUCAUACAUUGUCAAAUAAACUCCAAGAAUAUGAGGAUGUAUAUGGUGCUCUACACCAGGAAGGAGAAGAAAGAAUGUAAUUGUUCAACUUAAACUAAUAUA